AUGUAUGUGUCUGAUGGUAUUUUGGUGAACCAAAGGAAGUUUGCUCUCGAAUUGGUUGAGGAAUUUGGGUGUACUGAUUCCAAGCCAACCUCUAGUCCUCUUCCUUUGGGUCUGAAAUUGUUUUCUGAUGUAGGUAGCUUGCUUUCUGAUCCUUCCCUUUAUAUGAGGCUAAUUGACAAACUCAAUUUCUUAACUCAUACUAGGCCUGACUUAGCUUAUACGGUUCAACAUCUUAGUCAAUUCAUGCAGACUCCCGAGCAACCCCAUUUGGAUGCUGCUUUACAUACUGUGUGCUACAUCAAAGGCUUGUCUGGUUUGAGACUUCAUUUCUCUUCUCAUUCUUCUUUUUCUAUGGUUGCAUUUUGUGAUUCGGAUUGGGCUUCUUGCUUUGAUUCCAGGAGAUCUGUUAGUGGUUUUUUUAUUACGUUGGGGUCAUGUCCUAUCUCUUGGAAGUCGAAAAAGCAGACUAUUGUUUCUUUAUCAUCUGCGGAGGCAGAGUACAGGUCUGUUCGGAGAUUGGUGGCUGAAUUAACUUGGCUAUGUCAAUUCUUGGAGGAUAUGGAUGUUACUAAUUUGACUCUUAUUGAUGUCUAUUGCGAUAAUCAGUCUGCCAUUCAAAUUGCAAAGAAUCCUGUCUCUCAUGAGUGGACUAAACACAUCGAGCUAGACUGGCAUUUUGUUCGGGAGAAAUUGCAAGAUGGCUUGAUUUUAUUGCAUUAUAUACCCUUCUAG